AAGCAUCCAACACCACUCAUGAUGAAAAAAACUCAGAAAAACAGGAUGUGUACAUGAGCAACAAUAUUCGUUCAAGGUGGGCAACAGACUUAAAACAAAACACCAUUUACUUAUGGUUACUUAAGAAACGGGAAGACCAGGAUACAAAUGGAGCCAAAUUCAUGCGGGGUUUGCUGAGAGCGCCCAGUAGGGAUGCAGGGAAGCACUGGUCUGCGUGUCCCGCCUUGUUGGUGGGUGGUGGACCGAGCCCGUCGGUGUGUCACGUAGCCCUGGACCCGUGUGCAGCUUAACAUCGUUCUUCCCAAAAUCCCGGUGAGGUCUUUGUAGAUGUGAAGAUUUCUCUGAAGUGCGUGUGGAAAUUCAGCGGAAUCGCUGAGACAGCCUGGGAAGAGGAGGAGCCAGGCCUCUGCUCUUGUGACGUAUCAGCAGAGGGACCCACACGGUCGGCGGGCGGGUCGAGAGCCCGAAACACACCCACACGGACGUGCCCAGUGCGAUUUUGACGAAGCACAAACACAGUGUACGGGGGACGGAUAGUCAUCUCGGACGGUGCCGGGGCUGCUGGACACCCACGGAGGAACCGUGAGCCUCACCCCACGCCCCACCCGUAUGUGCAUUCAGGACGUGCUGGGCUUGGCCGAGAUGCCGUGGGCAGGACAGGGUACCCCGUCCGUUGUCACCAGGAAAGAGCCUUGCCCUCCCCGAGGCUGGCCUGCCACCCCGAGCCAGUUGGCCUGUCGUAGACAGUGCCGUAGCGGGGCCACAGAGUCUGCCCGUGCGACAGAGUCUGCCGUGCGCUGGCGUGUUCUUGGCCAGUACUUAGGUCAGCUGACGUCCAUCCCAGGAUACCUGAAUCCCUCCAGUAGGACUGAAAUCCUGCAUUUCAUAGACAAUGCAAAGAGAGCCCACCAGCUCCCUGGACAUCUGACCCAGGAGCACGACGCCGUGAUCAGCCUGUCUGCCUAUAACGUCAAGCUGGCCUGGCGAGACGGGGAGGACACCAUCCUCAGGGUUCCCAUCCAUGACAUCGCCGCUGUGUCCUAUGUGCGGGACGACGCCUCACACCUGGUGGUCCUGAAGACAGCCCAGGACCCUGGCAUCUCCCCCAGCCAGAGUCUGUGUGCAGAAAGUUCCAGAGGCCUCACCACAGUCUCCCUGUCAGAGAGUGGCGUGGGACCUGUGGAGGCCUGCUGCCUGGUGAUCCUGGCCACUGAGAGCAAAGUCGCUGCGGAAGAACUGUGCUCCCUGCUGGGGCAGGUCUUCCAGAUUGUGUACACGGAGUCCACCAUCGACUUCCUGGACAGAGCCAUAUUCGAUGGGGCCUCGACACCCACCCACCACCUGUCCCUGCACAGCGGUGCCCCUGUCUCCCCACCCUGUACAGACGACUCUUCCACCAAGGUGGACGUGAAGGAGCCAUAUGAGACAGACCUGGGCACUUUCGCGUUCCCCGAGUGUGUGCACCCCGGUGGCAUCUCGCCCUCGUCCUUCUGCAUGCAGAUGGUGCCCCACGCCAAGACAGUCAGUGAGAGCGAGUUGAGCGCCACUGCCACCGAGCUGCUGCAGGACUACAUGCUCACGCUGCGCACCAAGCUGUCCUCCCAGGAGAUCCAGCAGUUCGCGGCACUUCUGCACGACUACCGCGACGGGGCGUCUGUGCACGAGUUCUGCAUCAACCUGCGUCAGCUGUAUGGGGACAGCCGCAAGUUCCUGCUGCUCGGUCUGCGGCCCUUCAUCCCGGAGAAGGACAGCCAGCACUUCGAGAACUUCCUUGAGACCAUCGGGGUGAAGGACGGCCGAGGCAUCAUCACUGACAGCUUCGGCAGGUACCGGCGGGCCCUGAGCUCUGCCUCCACCUCCACCUGCACUGGGAACAGGACCACAGGCAGCUCCGACGACCAGUCCGCACCCUCGGAGGGGGACGAGUGGGACCGCAUGAUUUCAGAUAUCAGCAACGACAUCGAGGCUCUGGGCUGCAGCAUGGACCGGGACUCAGCCUGAUGGCGCCGGGAAGGGCCCGCCGGCGCUCCCUCUACUGUGAAGGACCUGCCCCGGGGCGCUGGUGCCCGUGGCCCCCUCCGGGAGGGCUCCCGGGGGUCCUUUCGGUUUUGCACACGACGAUGCUGUCGAAACUCUCAGAGACCUUCAAACAAGUUUACCGCCAUGUGAAUGAUUCA